AUGGCGUUAAUCUCCGCCAAGACCAUCGUCACCUCGCUCUGCCUCUUCCACAUCACGCUCGCCUACUUCUUCUACACGAACCCGGACGCCAUAGCGGAGCAGGCCAUCGUCUACGUGCUGGGCGAAGCCAUGGGCAUGCCCCAGACGGCCUCUUUCGCGACCCCCAGCGCUACCUCCUCCUUCCUCGCCGUCUCCCUCCUGCUCACCGGCGUCUCGGACCUGCUCACCCUCUCGAUGCCCGAGGAGAUCUGGCUGCUGCACCACUGGAGCGCGCAGGCCCCGCUGCGCAUCACCCUCUUCUCCGGCCUGUCCCUGUUCGCCUACCUCUCGAGCCCGUCCUACGGCCGCGCCGGCCCCAACCGCCUCUCCCACCCGCUCACGCCCCCCGCCAGCUUCCUCGCCGCGUCCGCCGGCGCCACCGCCACCGGCGGCGACGGCCUCCGCAACCGCGUCUUCUUCACCUUCGCCUUCCUCGAGUUCAUCAGCUGGCUCUGGGUCUGGGCCACCAUCAAGGAGGAGGCGGACCGCUUCGUCACCCGCAAGAGGCGAAGGGGCAGCAGCAGCGUCGCCGGCUGA